CUUCCUGGUCGGUCGAUGUGGGCGGGGCAUUUGAAGAUUUCUAUUUGUGGUGCUCAGUUGUAAUUUGUUUAACUUAUUUAUUUUAUUUUACAGUAAUCAUCGUGAGAUCUAUAUUUUUACCAGUCAGUAUUACAAUGAAUGUUGAACAUGAAGUUACUCUUUUGGUGGAAGAGAUCAAAAGACUUGGAACUGUGGAUGACAGUGGCCACCACCAGGUGACGUUUGGUGAACUGUUCCAUGACGACCGAUGUGCAAACAUAUUUGAAGCUCUAGUCGGGACUCUGCGGGCCGCGAAGAGGAAGAAGAUCGUUACGUACGAUGGAGAACUACUCCUACAAGGCGUCCAUGACAACGUUGCUAUAAAACUACUUCAAAAUUAGUUGAAAUCGGAGUAAAUUAACUCCACUACCUAGUUCAAAACUAUAUAGUUGAAAUUAUAGUAAAUUAACUCCACUGUUUCAAAACUAGGUGAAAUUAUAGUAAAUUAACUCCAUUAGGCAUAAGCUACCAGUUGGCUCCUAGUUUUGUAAGGGCGCUGGUCGAUUUUUGCCUGAAUCUAUACAACAACAUUUAUUCAUAUUAGCAUUACUGCCAAACAGCUAUAUAUACUGUUCACUAUGCAUGUCUACAUGGACUACAUACUAAUUUUGUUUGUAGAAUGAUGGAAAAACAGGGUGAAAAAGUUUCAGGCCAGCUUAUUUUUUUCGAAUUAUCUCUAUAGUUUUUGCCCGAAUUUAAGGAUUUUCUUGUAAC